UCAACGGUCACGUCCCGCCCCUUUUCGGGAGAGUUUUAAGUGUGUUGACGACCGACAGACUUGGUUUUUACUCCGGCUCGUCCAGAAGCAGGUUAAGCACUUGCAACGACAUUUUUUACCUCCUCGUAUAAAGAUAUAAUUGACCAAAGAUCAUGAACAGUCUAAUUAGAUCCACUGCGAGGUGUCUGCGGUCGGGGGCGGCGGUCUAUCCGCCCAGGCAGGCCGACGGACGCGUGUGGUCGGCCUCGGCCCGGUUCCUGUGCGCGUCAGCGGGCCUCCAGAAAGACCUUGGUCAGAUGGUCAAGAAGGACAAAGUGGUGGUGUUCAUGAAGGGGACGCCGGCUCAGCCCAUGUGUGGCUUCAGCAAUGCCGUGGUUCAGAUCCUCCGGAUGCACGGGGUGGACGACUACGCUGCGUACAACGUAUUGGAGGACUCCGAGCUCCGAGAAGGAGUCAAGACCUUCUCCAACUGGCCCACGAUCCCUCAGGUGUACUUCAGCGGCGAGUUUGUGGGGGGCUGCGACAUCCUGCUCCAGAUGCACCAGAACGGAGAUCUGGUGGAGGAGUUAAAGAAGCUGGGCAUCAGCUCUGCACUGCUGGAGGCUGAGAAAGAGUCCAAGUAGAGGGAGAGGAUGAACUGCAAACAGCUGACCGGACAGAAGAGACAUUCAUCAGGUUUUAUCCCCCCCAAACUCAGAUGAUCACAUUAUAAAUCAACUCUCUAGGCAGCCAUGGGUAAAAAUGACUUCCCCUUCUGGCCAAUAAAGCACAGCCAGAGUGCAGAUGAAAAUAACAAAUCCAAGCAAGUUUUUGGUGGCAGUGCUGUAUCUUAAGUCAUGGACGUUAUGGCUUUACUACAUAAUGUUUCCGUCAUACCUAGAGAGAGCUCCGAUACAGAGCUCCUGCUUCACUGCUUAUUCUCUUCUUAACACAAAUAACGUACCUGACAGGUGAGGAAGAAAUAAAGGGUGGACCAUGUCUUCCCAUGAAUCCAAAAUCAGUUUAAGCUAACCCCCAUCACACAUCUUUUAUUUUUUAUUUUUUUUUGCUGACGACAAAAAUGAACCAAAAGUUAAGUUUGGGGCGAGGAGACUCAAACGAUGAGCUGAAAGAUACUAUAUAAAGCUCUAUAUGUGCGCUGGAAAACUGUGAUAAUUCUCUGUGGGUUCAUUGCGGCAGCUUUAAUAUUUCCCUCACUUAACACAUGGAGGAAAACAAUUGAUCUUUCCUCCUGUACUUCCUACGUUUUUGAAUACUUUAUCAUAUCACGAUUCACCAAUUUCUGUACACUAUCCUAUAAUAAAAUCUUUCAAACAAAAAUCAAUGGCAGCAUGGUUUUUGGAAUCGCAGGCUUUUCGUGACGAAUACAGUGUUGAACGUCUAACUGUCGGAGACAUCAUUUCACAUCGAGGUUGGACUUCUACUGCCAGAGGGAGGCUGUCAGGUUCCCUCCCUGAGUUUUAAAUCAGUUUACACAAGAGUGGUGUCAAACCUUAUCAUCUUGCCCUCUAAAAGCCCUGCUACCUCUACUGUCCACCUCCGCCCCCCCAAGCCACAGUCUGCGUAAGACCAAAUGAGCCUCAGGGUGCACCAAGACUAAGUUCAUGCUGCUUGGGUCCCACCAGGGAAAGAUGCCAUCAUACUAGAAAGCUUCCAAAUGCACUGCCUGUAGCUACACUAUGCUAGAAGGAAAAACACUGUUGAUACAUCACGGAUUAAUAAAGCUGAUGUGGGUUCGUUAUAAUGUAAAUGUUUAGGUCAAUAAAAAAAAACAUCUGUACGAAUGACAUCUGUUUGAUUUAUGGACCACACCUCAGUACUCAGUAACACACGCGUGCACUGUCAAUAUAACUGAUGGACCCGACACCAUUAUUCCCUUUUUUGUUUGCAAACCAAAAUGUGUCCCCUCUGUUUUAAUGUCUACACUGAAAUGCAACAAACCUACCAUGAUACCUUUUCUCUUUUUCCUGAAGACUAAUAUACAGCACAUUUGGACUAAAAGAAGCAGGUGUAUAUAUAAAUAUGAAGUGUGUUGCAUCUGUCCAAGUCUGGGGUAUUUGUUAAUGUAUCAAAGAAAAACAGGGUUUUUUUUGUUUUGGAAGGGUGGGGACUUUUUUUUUUUUUUUUUGUCUCACUGAGAACCCCUGACCUUUAUCAAUCCUAAUGUUCGUCCUGCUGCACACAGUUGUAAUAUCAAAGCAAUGGGCAUGUAGUCCACUGUAAGAUAUUGUACAUUGAAAGCAUAUUAAAUGUAUUUUAGCUGCAUGUAAACCCUGCACCAAUUAAAUAUUUUGUGACACAAAUAAGCUGGA